GAUAAAGAGAUUGAUAUGGCCUUCCAGCCGUCGGGCACUGCUGCGCAUGAGCCUUCAACCUUGGGCCCAGCCACACGGGUAGUUCGUGUCCAGCCCUGUCACCUCGUAUCUCAGCCAUACAGCCCCGCAGGCUCCCGAUGGCGAGAUAAUAAAGCCCUGGCCAUCAUCACAGUUUUCAUCGCAUUUGCCUUCCACCUACUCUAUAAGAAAUACCUGCUCCCCCUCAACCUGGGCGGACGAGAGGACAGGAAGCAGCUGGAGAGGAUGGAGGCCGUUCUCUCUGAGCUGAGUGGCAGCAUGGCCCAGACAGUGACUCAGUUCCAGACGACCCUCACCUCCGUCCAGCAGCUGCUGAUUCUGCAGCAGCAGACGCUCCAGGAGCUCGCCUGUGAGCUGGCCACUGCCAAGGCCACCACAUUCACCAGUUGGAUUCUAGAGCCCCAGAAUAUCAUGGAACUCAAGUCUGAAAUUAACUCCUUGAAAGCACUUCUUUUAAAUCAGAGGCAGUUCCCUUCAUCCCAGUCAGCCCCGAAGAUCUCCUCCUGUCAGAUCCUGGUCAAGCCACUGUCCUCUGUCAAGAUCCCUGAAACAGUUGUCCCCAUAGCCUCUGAGCUCCAGGCCUCCUCGUCCACAGACCAGCCUGUCACCCCUGAGCCCACAUCUCAAGCCGCUAGGGGAAGAAAAAAUAGGUCCUCUGUCAAAACCCCUGAAACAGUUGUCACCCCUGAGCCCACAUCUAGGGCCACUAGGGGCAGGACAAAUGGGUCUUCUGUCAGGACCCCUGAACCACUUGUCCCCACAGCCCCUGAGCCCCUGCCUACAACCUCUAUAGACCAGCCUGUCACCCCUAAGCCCACAUCUAGAGCCACUAGAGGAAGGGUAAAUAGGUCCUCUGUCAAGACUCCCAAACCAGUUGAAGCAGCAGCCUCUAAUCUUGAGCCUCUUAUCCCCACAGACCAGCCUGUCACCCCUGACGCCAUAGCUCAGGGUGGUCAGAGUAAAACACUGAGGUCUUCCAUAUUAAGUGCUGUGUCAGUUCCUACCACCCCUGAAUUCCAGUCCCCUGUUACCACAGACCAGCCUAUUUCCCCUGAGCCUAUUCCUCAAGCCAGUCGCAGCAAGAGGCAGAGAGUCAUUGAUAAUCCUGGCUCCCUCAAAGCUCCCAUUGACCAUAAGCCUUGCUCUGCACCCCUGGAACCUAAAUCCUGGGCCUCAAGGAACCAAAGAUGGGGAGCAGUUAGAGAAACUGAAUCCCUUACAGCCAUUACUGAGCCUGCUUCUCCCCAGCUUCUUGAGACACUAACUCAUGUCUCCCAGAUCCAAAAGGUGGAAGCAGGAGGUAGAUCUAGGUUUACCCCAGAACCCCAGCCUGAGGCCUCUCAAAGCUGCGAGAGGCCUUUUGCCACCAUGGAUUCACAGCCACUUCAAAAACAGCCCCAAAGAGAAGAAGUCGCCCAGAAGACAGUGUUUCUCAAGGAAGAGUUACAAGAUACUACAAAGUGGCCAGGGAAAGAAGAGGAUGUCAUGACUCCAAAACCAGGCAAGAGAAAGAGAGACCAGGCAGAGGAGGAGCCCAACAGAACACAGACCCGCAGCCUCCGACGGACCAAACUUACCCAGGAAUCAACAGCCCCCAAAGUGCUCUUCACAGGCGUGGUGGAUGCCCAGGGAGAGCUGGCCGUGCUGGCACUGGGGGGAAGUGUGGUUGUUUCAGCGGCAGAGGCUUCCCACCUGGUCACUGAUCGUAUCCGCCGGACAGUCAAGUUCCUGUGUGCCCUGGGGCGAGGAAUCCCCAUUAUCUCCCUGGACUGGCUGCAUCAGUCCCGCAAGGCUGGUUGCUUCUUACCCCCGGAUGAAUAUGUGGUGACUGACCAUGAGCAAGAGAAGAACUUUGGCUUUAGCCUUCAAGAUGCCCUGAGCCGGGCGCGGGAGCGAAGGCUGCUAGAGGGCUAUGAGAUCCAUGUGACCCCUGGAGUCCGGCCACCACCACCUCAGAUGGGAGAGAUCAUCAGGUGCUGUGGAGGCACUGUCCUGCCCAGAAUGCCUCGGUCCUAUAAGCCUCAGAGAGUUGUGAUCACAUGUCCCAAGGACUUCCCUCGAUGCUCUGUUCCACAACGGGUUGGGCUGCCCCUCCUCUCACCUGAGUUCCUGCUGACUGGAGUGCUGAAGCAGGAAGCCAAGCCAGAGGCCUUUGUCCUUUCCCCUUUGGAGAUGUAAUCCACCUGA